AUGCUCCCCGCGGCUCUAACGGCGCGGCUUCCCAUGCUGCUAGCAUUGGCCGCUUCUGUCUUGGCUGCGCCCGGGCUCAAAGUGAUUGAUAUCAAUCAAGACACGCCAGCCUCUGGCGAGCAGCCCCGAAAGCUCACCGGACGAUUUUUACACAUUACAGGUUUGCUUCUCUGUUCCCAGCACCGGCUAAACAGCGCCACUAACAGCCGGUCAGACUUCCAUCCCGACCAGUUUUACAAACUUCACUCCGACAUCGACAAGAGCUGUCACAAAGGCAAGGGACUCGCCGGCAAGUACGGCGCCGAGGUCUCUGACUGCGACUCCCCGAUAUCCCUCGCCAAUAACACCCUCGACUGGGUCCGCGACAAUCUCCGCGACCAAAUCGACUUUGUCAUCUGGACUGGUGAUAGCGCCCGCCAUGACAAUGACGAGGACCACCCUCGCAACUCAGAGCAGGUCCUAGGUACCAAUCGCAUUGUUGCUGAGAAAAUGUUUGAGACCUUUGCGACCGACACACCGCUUGGCCCUGGUCUUGAGCUACCCAUUGUGCCUACGUUUGGCAACAAUGAUUUCCUCCCCCACAACAUCAUGGUCCCCGGUCCCAACCGCUGGUUCGUAGACUAUGCAGAUAUUUGGGCCCCAUUCAUCCCCGAGGAGCAGCGCCAUCAAUUCGAAUACGGUGGAUGGUUCUACACCGAGGUUGUUCCCAACAAGCUUGUCGUUUUCAGUCUCAACACCAUGUUCUUCUUCGACCGAAAUGCCGCCGUCGAUGGCUGUGCUCUUAUCUCGGAGCCUGGGUAUAAGCACAUGGAAUGGCUGCGUGUACAGUUCCAACGACUGCGCGCCACCGGCAUGAAGGCUAUCCUCAUGGGCCAUGUUCCACCCGCACGAACCAACAACAAGCAAAACUGGGAUGAGACGUGCUGGCAGCGCUACACCCUUUGGCUUAAGCAGUACCGCGAUGUCGUGAUCGGCUCGCUCUUUGGCCACAUGAACAUUGACCAUUUUGUCUUGCAAGACACCAACGAUCUCGACGAGGACGCCAUUUUCGCCAAGGGCGACGUCAACUUUCGCCAGAGCAUGGACCUCGGCACCGAUAAAGAGAUCGGCAUUACCGGUAAAGCCAAUUAUCUCCAGGACAUCCGCCAGCAAUGGUCCAAGCUGCCCACUUCUGCAGGGCAUGCCACUGAUAAGGAUGCUGAAACCUUGGAAGUAGACCAGGAUGACGAAGAGGACGAGUACGAUAUUGAAACCAUCUUUGGUAGGAAGAAGGGCAAAGGCAAGAAAAAGAAAGGAGGCAAGAAGAAGAAGGGCCUUAAGAAAAUUGGCGGCAAGUACGCCGAGCGAUAUCAGAUCUCCAUGAUCGGGCCCAGCGUCAUCCCCAAUUACUUUCCCACAAUGCGCGUGUAUGAGUACAACAUUACAGGCAUCGAAGACAACCCCGUGUGGAAAGACGUGCACGGCACGCCGUCCACGAUGCAAGGCACCGAGCUGCAGCAGGCGCAAGAACUUGUUUUUUCGUCAGAAGAGUUGAAGCGCCGCGGGAGUGACAAGCCCACUAUGACUGAGCCCGAGUUUGAGGCGCUGUUUCCCGACCUGUUCCAGGAAGACGACAGCGUACACGACGCCGGCAAGAAAAAGAAGAAGAAGAGAAAGGGCCCCGGCCCGCCGUCGCUCGUCGUACCGCCCGGACCCGACGCCGACUCGCCACCCGGACCGGCAUACAUGCCGCAGACGCUCUCGUGGGUGGCCUUUACGCAGUACUACGCCAACCUCACGCGCAUCAACAACGAGGCCGAGCACAAGGGCGAGCACCCGGUCAACCCGAUGCACUUCGAGGUCGAGUACGACACGCGCGACGACAAGGACGGGUACCGGCUCAAGGACCUGACGGUACGGGAGAUGCUCAAGCUGGCGCAUAGCAUCGGCGCGGACGCUGGUAACGACAAUGCCGUCCUGGCCCAGGUUGAUGCCGCGGCGCUGGGAGACGACGAUGAUGAAGGCUGUGCGGAGUAUGACGAGGAAGGUGGCGAUGUGGAUGGGUUGGGCAAGAAGAAGAAAGGCAAGGGGAAAAAGGGCAAGAAGGGCAAGGACAAGAAGAACAAGCUGUGGAUUGAGUUUCUGCGACGUGCGUUCGUGGGCACCGUGGAUGACGACGAGUUGGAGGAUCUCUGA